AUGGGAGAGUCUUGUAAACCAUUCUUCGUAACCUCCGUCCCAUCAGACAACUCGCAGAUUCUAGACUCAGAGAUUAUAGACGGAAUUGGAGAAGAUUGUGUCAAUCCUGUCUUUCUGGGACAUGACACCGAUCCGUCCCAGCUCCAUAGUUUGGUCGAGGAGGAGGUGGAGGAGGAUGGGCAGGAUGAGGAGGAUGUAACGGAGGAAGAGAAUGAUGUAGGCUACAGCGAGGAUGCCGAGUACAAGAUUAAAUACAGAAAGGUUAAAGCUGAGUUCCGAAGAUCCGUAGAGACUCAUGAGUUUCUUAAGAAUGAGCUGAAACAUCAUCAACUUCAGUUAAAAACUCUUCAUGAAGACAAGUUCUUCCUUCUGGAGAGAAUGUUACAAUAUGAGAAACCUCCGGAGAGUCCGGAGUCGAAUGAUGGUUCGGAUUCGGAUCAUGAGCCAGGCGGAGCUAGGAAAAAAGUUAAACCGAAUCCCGGUGGAGUAACUAUAUCCUCUGCAUUCUCUAAAAUGAAAUCCUUCUCGGCUGGAAGGAGAAGCCGGAAAACUAAAUUAAAGUGCGUAGAGGACGUUUUCGAAUCUCCAAAUGAUAGUAUGGGAACAUUUGAGGAUGAGAGCAGUGGUUUAGGAACUGCAGGAUUUUCAUUCUCAACCCAAGAUGAAAGUGAUUAA